AUGGUGGUUACCCGUCGAUUCGCGGAAGAGAUCGAGGUGCUCCGGGCGAAGCACGGCGAGGUGGACCAGGACGGCCUCAUCGUGAAGCUUCUGAUGGAGGAGUUCUCCUUCACCACCGUAGAGGCCACUGACCUACAGGCCCUCAAGACGCGGCCGCGGGACAAGGGGAAGGUGUAUCUCCUUGGAGAGACCAACUUCAUGCAAAGUCCCCUCACGGAGCGAGUGGACUAUUCCAACCUUAAGCCCAAGGCGUUGGAGAUGGUGGGCGAUGAGAAACUGAAUACGGAGGCGAGGGAAGCUCUGCCGGCCAACACCCGAACGAGCAAGAAGGCCGUGGAGCUCAUGGGCUCGACCAAGGUGGUCACCGAGAAGAAGGCGCUCAAGCGCCUCGGGAGCGAAAUGAGCGACAGCAUGAGGGUGUUGCAGAUCAAGACCGAGCGUAAGGAGCAGAAGGAAGAGGAGAACCGCCGAAAUUUGCUCAGUGCCGGCGAGGCGGGGGGGGGCGGGGGCGGGGACAAGGGGGUUGGGGCGGACGGAGGACGGGCCGCUGACGGGGUCACGCAAUUGACGUUGAGUCCGACGAAGUCGAUGGCAACCAUGAGAGUUAGCUCGCCGGGAUCGUUCGCAUCUUCGCCCAUGGCGCGACGAGCGACCCGGCUGCUCACGGAGGUGCCCAAGUUUAUCGCCGACAUGGGAGGAGGUUCCUCAAAAAAAGAGCUAUGA